AUGGUUCAUUAUCUUGAAGUGAGGGGCGGGUGGGAUCUGAAAGAGUGCGAGUGCUGCUUUGACCGCGCGGUCAGCAUUGGAGCAGAGCGUGUUGUCACCAUGGAGAGCCUUGAAUUCGUGCGAUCCCUCCUCACCAAGCAGGUGCCUGACGCCACCCCCCUUGUGCCACGCUGGGACAGGGGCAACGGAUCCGGCCCAACAGGGAGUAUGCUGGAGUAUGCUCUGAGAGUGCAGGCGUUUGGAGAGCAAGGGGAGAUGGAGCCUCGUGUGCAGUUCUCCUGCAAGUGUGCUCUUGCACCGUUUGUCUGUGCGGAAGCAAUGCUUCUCGAGUGGAUGGCUGAGCCUCGUGUGGGUGUGCUCAUGGACCUGGGGAGGAUCAUAUCCCGCCUGCCUGCCAUCCUGGCUAAUGAAGGCUCUGUUGGGGAUUCCCCUGCUGCGCCUGCUGCUGCUGCAACAUGGUCCUGCUGCUGCAGCAGCAGCUGCUGGGCUGCCUACCGCCGUGCUGUCAGCUUCGCUGCCUUCCUCGUGCUUGUGGCGAGGUGGCCUCGAAUGGACACCAUAUGGAAGGCGCACGUUGAUAUCUACGAUGCAGUUUUCCCAGCUUUAGUAGGGCAGCUGGGGGCGGGCCAGCAAGGGGAAGAGGACAGUGCUGCUUCCGUGCUGGUGCAGGUGUUGGGGGUGAAGGAGAGCGCUGAUCUGCAGGAAGGGUUUGGGUUCUUCGUGCAGCAUGUGCUGUCAGGCGGGCUGGAGAAGGCGCAUGCAGAGGGGAGGGGGGAAGGGGGGACUCAGGGGAAGACUGGUGAGAAGGCAGAGGGGAAGGGGGGUGGGGGAGCGGGGAAGAAGGGUCCGAUGAGUGCAGGGCUGAUGGGACAGAUGGGGCAGAUGUGGCAGCCGGGGCAAAUGGGGAAGGUGGGGGGAGCAAUGGCUGCUGUGAUGCAGAGCAUGCAGAGUGGGGUAUGCAUGGGGCAAGACGACUGGCUGCAAAUCAUGGACGAGUACGGAGUAGACAUGGCAGACCUGGUGGCGAUGCUCGGGGGCGAUGGUGGGGGAGGCACGGGGAUGGGUCUGCCUCUUGAGAUUGGUGGUGGUGGGCGGAGUGGAAAGGACGGGGUGGGUGGUGGAGAUCCGAAGGUCGCCACUGUGUUCUCCAGCCAAGAGCACCGCAAGAUGGGAGCGAUGUUUUUUGCCGUGUCUCAUAGUGCAUCGAGCAGCACUGUGCAGGAUGCAGCCAUUGAGGAGGCAAGGGAGAGUCUGGGGAAGCGGAAACUGACUAGUGGGAAGCUAGGGAAAGAGGGGAACGAGGGGGGGCAACAGGAGGAGGAGUGGAAGCAGCAGCAUCAGCUGCACCGGCAAAAAGGCGACCAGCUCUCAGUGCUGGUAUCAGUGAAAGAAUCAGCAGCAGUGGGAUGCGCAUGGCUUCGAAUCUAUGGUUCAGAUUUAAUUUCCGCCAAGAACUGCUUCAAGGACAGCCCACAGGGCAAGGUCCUGCCCAUGCGCCACCCGCUUCGGGAUCUUCCGAGCCUGCUGGUCAGGUUCGGCGCUGUUCUCCCGCCAUUGGACGGAAGCACCCACCUCCCGGAGUGGGAGGAGUGGCCAGAGGGGGACGAAGCUGCUAUGAAGUUUCCUGAGGACUCCAGCGCGAGAUGUUUCGGGCUGGGCAGGGCUGAUGGCAGUCGCACAAACAGCGGGAAUGGGGGAGCGCAGCAAGGAAGCUUACCGGAAGCUCUGCUGCCACAUCAGAAUGGAGAUUCCCGUCCAAUUGUCCGUUCCAGGGAAGAUGCAGACUUGAUAGUGGAGUUUGCCGGUUUGUUCCUGGAGGCACCAGCAUGCGCCAAUUGUAGCAGGUGCAUCACCUUGUACAUCUCCCACACCCCUUUCAUCGCUCUCAUUGCCAACUUCGCCUAUCGCCCCAUCACUGUCCUUCUCGACCGCUUCCUCUCCGUCUUCAAGCCGCGGUGUGAGGUGUUUCAGAGCCUUCUCUCCCGCAUGGGGCUGGACUCUUCUUUGAACGCUCCUCAUAACACCCAAUUGGCCAAGAGCAGCAGCAGCAGCAGCAGCAGCACCGUGCGUGCAUUGCGGGAACAGGUGGAGCAGGUGCCAGUUGCCUUUCUGCUCAGCCUGGCGCUGAUCUGCGCCACGCCUCUCCUGCAACAGAGCGGGACGGAUGGCGGACAAAAUCCCAGGGCUGGCAUGGGUACCUCUGGGGCCAAGGAGAAGGCAGGCGGGAGGAGGGCCGCGAGUGGGGCUAGUGGGGAAGGCAAGAGGGGAGGAAAGGGUGGGAAUGGUGAAGAAGAUAGUGGGGUUGUGUGGGAGGAGGUGCAGUCCUGGUUCAAGGUGGCAAUGCUGCCCGCCUCUAGCAUGGGGGGAGGCGCGCUGGCGUGUAGUGGCAGGAUGGCAAGGGAGGAGGAUGUGUUUGCACGGGUUGAAGAGGCCAGUGAGGUUUACCAGUGCUCUCUGCUGCCCAGGUUCUGUGAAGACAUGAAACAGGGGGAUGAGCUUGGUGGUUUCAGCAAGCAGAAGGGCAGGAUGGGGGAGGAGGCGGCUUAUCUGAGGGCAUGGCCGGGGGGAGUCAAUCUGGUGGCAUAUCUGCGAGAGAUGCUGCUGGGGGAGCCUUGCUACCGCCCUGCCUCCACUGCUGUCUCUUCCACCCCUGCUCUUCCAACCACUGGAGCUGCACGAACCAAUGCAGCCGCGUCUGUUUUCAGUUACUGGAGCCUCGGAAUUGCUAUGGGUGUGGCAAGGUGGCGUAUUGCAGCAGAGAGUGCCAAAGGCGCACUGGCCCUCCCACAAGCUCACAUGCCCCGGCAGGAACAACAGCAAGAAGAUAGUGACGACCAGUUGCUAGGUGAGUGGCAGGAAGGAGGUGAAAGCGAGAGAGGGAGUGGCAGGAGGGAGGUGAAGACGAGAGAGUGA